AGAAAUGGAUAAGCGGUUUCCCUGACGAUGGUUGCUCUAUGUUUAUAAAUAUAGCUGUGGAAAGUUGUUUUGUAUCGCCUGUAGGGCCUACGAUGUAAAUUCUGAGGUGAACAUGGACGUGAUACCCGCGCUGAAAGUCCCUAAAAGAUACGCGCAGUCGUACAGAAAAAAUCUGCAUCGUGCAGGUGCUUUGGACCAGAGAUACAGCAUACAGAAGCUUUUGGACGGAAGCGUGAUCUUACCAGUCUUGUCAUCUUCACUGUCACAGCUCGAUCCAAAUACUCUUGGGCGUGCAACCGCCUGCGAUGGCCUGUGCGAAAUCAUUGAAUUCCAGGCCCAGCUGUCAAAGAAGGAAAAAGUAAAGUCCUCAAGUGAAAAACUUGCCAAGGCUCUUCGAGAUCAGCUGUCCUCUCAUGGGGUGACCUGGAGUGAGGAUCUAAAGCGAGACGUGCCACAAAGAUGGCAAAGGCAUGGGGACUUGGUUCUCAUCGCAGAGGACUGCUUCACUCUACCAGCAUGGAAGAAGAUGGGAUCAGAGUUGUGGUCUACAGUUGCACUUUCACUGGGUGCAAAACGUUUGGCCCAAACGAGAAGGAUCUCCAAAGAUGACUUCCGAACCCCACAGGUCAUCAUGUUGCUUGGAGACAGCAGCCUUGUGACACAUGUGGAUAAUAAAAUAAGAUAUGAGUUUGACAUCACCAAGUCUAUGUUCUCAUUUGGAAACAUAACUGAGAAGCUAAGAAUAGCCUCAUUCAACUGCAGAGGUGAAACGGUUGUGGACCUCUAUGCAGGCAUCGGCUACUUCACCCUUCCCUACCUGCUGCAUGCGGGUGCUGCCCAUGUGCACGCUUGCGAGUGGAACCCUGAUGCGGUGGAGGCCUUGAGGAGGAACCUACAGCUCAAUAGAGUGGCACACCGCUGCACUGUCCACCAGGGGGACAACAGACAACUGUCACUGGAGGACAUGGCUGACCGAGUGAACUUGGGCCUCAUCCCCAGCUCGGAGGAGAGCUGGCCUGUGGCAUGCCGUCUCCUCAGGAGAGACACUGGCGGCAUCCUGCACAUCCACCACAACGUUACCUCACCACCACCAGCCGCACACAGCAUGGAGAACAAGCCUCACGCCAACCCAACCAGCCUGCACAUCCGUGACAAUGUCACAUCACCACCAGUGCUCAGGAUAGACAACCGUCAGUCCAACACAGCUACCCACACAGGCAUCACAGUGAACAAUGUCACCUCACCACCAAUGUUCAACACAGACAAGCGUCUGGCUGGCCAUGUCAUCCACAAAAGCAUCACAGUAAACAGUGUCAACUCAGUGCAAAGUGAAGGCCACAACAAGCUUCAGUCCUACCCAGCCUCUCUCAAAGACAUCACAGCAGACACUGAUAGUGUUUCUGAUGUGACGCAGGUUUUACAUAACACUUGUAAGCAAACAGACAGAGAGGCAUGGAAGGCUUGGGCAGAGCAUACGGCCAGUCACAUAGCUGGACUGUUGAGAGACUUGACUGGAGGAUCGUGGAGGACACACAUUCAGCACAUUGAGCAUGUCAAGUCCUAUGCUCCACAUAUUCAUCACAUAGUGCUGGAUUUGGAAUGUAGACCUCUAUGACAAAAUACCACAGUGAAAACACACUACUGUAUGUGAGAAGAGUCGGGCAAAAUUCCCCACAAGUGGGAGACAAAAAUCACCAAAUGUUCUUAAUUCUCUUGAAAAUAAAUGAUUACUAUUACUACUACUACUACUACUACUACUACUA